UAUUUAUGUAUGUAUACAAUUUGUAGUUAUUUAGGAUGCCUACUUAUCAAAAAGAAAAAUCAACAAGAAGUUUAAGAAUUAUGAAUAGAAGGUACAAUAUUCCAUUGAAAAAAACGUGUUCUUCUGCAGAAUUUUCCUCUUGUCCAUUAACAGACUUAAAGACUACAUUAAAUUUACCAAGUAAAGCUGGUUUGCUGAUAACAUCAUUUGUUUGUCAUAACUCAAAUAGUCCAAGAAAACCUCUUAUAGAUUAUAAAGUUUCUAAUUCAUUAAUUCAAGAUUCUUUUGAGUUUAAAGAUGUAAUAUCAAAAAAUCUGCAGAAACAGAUAAUCAAAGAGGAACCAGAGAGUUUAAAAUUAGUUUCAAAUCCUCCUCUAAGAAACUUCAAGUCUUUAUCAGACUCAACAUGUCUCGAUACAAGAAAGUUUCAAGACAAUUUGUUUUCAGAAAAAAUCAAAAACCACAAAUUAUUAUAUAGCACGCAAGGGUUUUUAUUACAAAAUUCUUGCAAGAGAGAACCAAAUAUAUUAGAUUCUUCUUUACCCAUAAAGACAAGAAAAGUGUUUUACUCAGAUAGACAAUCUGGUUUAAUUUUGGGCAUACCAUCUGCUCCACCAUCAACUCCAUGUUAUAUUGUUGAUUUUACUUCGUCCCUUUCAGAUAUAAAAAGCCAAAGAAAAAUCCAGCGGCAAUUAAAGAAAAUUGAAAAUCAGCAAAAUACCAAGUUACAAAAGACUGUAAACAAAAUCAGAGCCGAAGAAAAGCGAAAGGAAGAAGAGAUUUUUGAGCAAAGGAAACUAUAUCAAAGACAGCAGAUUUAUAUGAUGAAUCAAUUAAUGUCAGAACUUGAAAAAAAACAGUUCAAAGAGUUUAAAAUGCAGCAAGUUGGUCUCCCUGUAUAACACUUUUUGUUACUGUAUUUCAAGAGAACCUGUAAAUAUACUUAUUUGCAUGUGAUUAUUUUUGUAUAUAUCUAAAAAACUGAAUUGUAAAUAUAGUGAAAAUAAAAUUUAUUAUAUUUUCCUUA